CGCUGAGUCUGGAAUUUCCUCCUCCAUCCCGCCCCCGAGCGAGCAGCGCCCGCAGUUUAGGGGGAUCCCGCAGCGCCCCCCAACCCGUCGCCGCCCGGGGGCCCAGCUCCUGCACCAUGGGCCCGACCCAGCGCUGCCUCCUCUGUCUCAAGGUUGAGCUUUUCAUCUUCAAUCUGAUCUUCUGGCUGGGCGGCUGUGGGGCGCUGGGCGUGGGGCUCUGGCUCGCUCUCUCGCAGGGCCGGUUCUCUGCGCUGUCGCUCUCGCUCCCGUCCCUGGGGGUCGCCGGGCUGGUGAUGGCGGCCGGCGCCGUGGUGAUGGCCGUGGGCUUCCUGGGCUGCCUGGGGGCUGCCACCGAGCAGCGCUGCCUCCUGCUGACGUUUUUCGUGGUUCUCCUCACCAUCGUCCUGCUGGAGCUGAGCGGGGGCCUGGCCUUCUACGCCUGCCGGGGGCAGUUUGACAGAUACGCUCAGGACGACCUGAAGUCGGGGCUGCGGCGAUACGGGGCCCCCGGGGAGCCGGCGCUGACCCAGGCCUGGGACACGGUGCAGACCGAGUUCCGGUGCUGCGGGGUGCAGAAUUACACCGACUGGUUCGAGCUGCGCAACGGGACGGGGCUGCCCGAGUCCUGCUGCCUGGAGCACGGAGCCGCCUGCUCCGGCCUCGCCGCCGCCUGGUGGAGGGAGAACCGCUGCCCAGCCCGUCGGUCCCCAGCCUGGAGCCGUGCCAGGGAUUCGUCCGCCCGAAGUGCAGGACUCUGCCCGCGUCAUUGCUGAACCUCAUCAGGUUUCUUUGGGCCCAGUCCUCCAAUUUGUCCAGGUCCCUCUGGCUCCUCUCCCUACCCCCCAGCGUAUCUGCCUCUCCUCCCAGCUCAGUGUCAUCGGCAAACUGGCCUGUAGUUCCCCGGAUCCUCCUCCUUCCCUUUUUAAAAGAUGGGCCCUGCAUGAGCCUGUCCCAGUCACCCGGGACCUCCCCGAUCGCUGGAUACUGGCCAAUGGCUCUGCAGUCACAUCCGCCGACUCCUUCAGCGCCCGGCCCCAGGGACUUGGGCUCGUCCGGCUUUUCUAAAUAGCCCUGAACCCCGUCUUUCUCCCCGGGGGCUGGGCACCUCCUCCCAGGCCGUGCCGCCCGGCGCAGCCGGCUGGGAGCUGCCCUUGUUCGUGAAGACAGAGGCAAAAAAAGCAUCGAGGCCGUGAGCUUUUCCCACAUCCUCUGGCACGGGGUGGCCUCCCCCAUUCAGCGAGGGGCCCCCACUUUCCCUGACCCUCUUCUUGGUGCUAACGUACCUGACGAAACCCUUCUGGUUCCUCAUCGCAUCCCCGGCCGGCUGCAGCUCCGGGUGGGACUGGGCCUCCUGAUGUCGCUCCCGCUGGCCUUUGUCCAAC